AUGAUGCUACGAUUUCAAUUGUUUAUACUAUUUCGUGAGAAGACUUUUUCCAUUGCUCGACGAUUUUCUGUUAAUGACUUUACUCUUCGUACGCAUACAUGCGGAGAAUUACGUGUAGGACAUGAAAGCCAAAAAGUUAUUCUAUAUGGAUGGUUGCAGUUCAAUCGUCUGAAUCGUUUUCUUGUUUUACGAGAUGCCUAUGGCUCUGUGCAGGCCAGAAUUCCUGACAAAAGGCAAGAUUUAGUCGAAAAAAUCAAAAUGAUCAACUGCGAAUCCGUUUUAAAAAUUGAAGGAGUAGUUGUAGAUAGAGGUGAACAACAUCGCAAUGCAAAUAUGCGAACAGGGGAUAUUGAGGUACUAGUGAAUGAUUUAGAACUACUGAGUAGUUCGUCAGCAAAUUAUCCGCUGGAUGAGUUAACAUCGACGGAAGAAACGAAACUGCGAUAUCGUUACCUGGAUUUAAGAACAAAGCGGAUGCAACGAGCACUUAGGCUAAGAGCAAAUGUUGUUCAUGGGAUACGAAAGUAUUUGAUCGAAAAAGCGAAUUUUACUGAGGUUGAAACACCAACUCUGUUUCGCCGUACUCCCGGUGGUUCAAAUGAGUUUAUUGUUCCUGCACCGAAACCGAACCUCGGAAAGUUUUAUUCUUUGCCUCAAAGCCCUCAACAAUUCAAGCAGUUACUGAUGUGUGGUGGUAUUGAUAGAUACUUUCAGAUUGCUCGGUGCUAUCGUGAUGAAGGUGCAAAAUCAGAUCGACAACCUGAAUUCACACAAGUUGAUGUCGAGUUAUCUUUUACUGAUCAAGAUAAUGUUAUGAAACUGAUAGAGAAUAUUAUUGUGGAGUCAUGGCCUAAAGAACUGGAGGAUUUGAAGCCUUCAGCACCAUUCAAAAGGAUGAAAUAUCUGAAAGCAGAACGUUUAUUUGGUAUUGAUAAGCCAGAUUUGCGUAUUCCGUGGACUAUUAAUGAUUGCACUUCUGAUUUUUCAUUUCUGCGGAAGCGUGAAAAUUCAAAUUUCGUUGUGAAAAUUUUCAUUGCCAAUGAUGCAGAAGAUGUCGUCAAUGAGAACAGUUUAAAGGAAUGGACUCGAAUUCUGAAAAACAAUGUAUUAUCACAGAAUUUCAAAUUUCUUAAAACGUCAAAAAAGAAUUGGUUUGCAAAAAUCCAAAAUGACGUUCUGAUAGAAAAAUUUGAUAUCAAGGAAAAAGAUGUUGCUGUCAUAUCGUGA